GAAAGAUUCUGAUAAUUUCCAUGGAUCCGCGCAAGGAAAGAGCUAGGUUGACAUACAAAUAGGCCUAGCACCACUCAAUCGGCAGUUUUAAUACUUUCAACACUACUAUAUAACAAAUAAUUUGAGAUUUACUGAAAUGUCUCGACUGUUCGUGGUGCUAGGACUACUGGCUGUUUCACUUUUUAACCUCGGCGAAGCUCACCGGUACAAGUCCCCAAAAUACAGGCAACAUUUCAACAUAAAACAAGAGGCAGAAGGGAGUUUCACCCGCGAAGAGGCGGAUGGCUACAAAGAAUGUGAGGAGUACCUGGCAGAUCCAGAUAACGAAGAUCUUUACGAAAACGCUGCAAACGAAACUGGUACUGCCCCAAAUGGGCAACAUCAUCUGCUGAGACGUCACAAACCAAAGCCGGCUGCACAGAUUUGCAACAACAAGGAGUGCCCGGUGUUUGACGAACUCGAGUCUGCUGGAUGCGGGUAUGAAACGCGACUGCUUGCACGUGCAAACUGGACCACCACAAUGGUGGAUCUGGACCGACCAGAGGGUUUUAGGGAGGCGUACAUUCGGCUGUACCGCUACAGUAGUGGAGACAACAACGAUCGUGGGGAGAAGAUGUCCUUUCUCUCACCCGUCGUGGAGAGAUAUUGGCUCGACCAGAACGGCGAAGUCGUGAAUGCUAGGCUGCUUGUUUACAUUCCUCAACAGUUUCAGAGCAACCCUCCGGCAUCCACUAUCAAGGAAGUGUGGGUCCACGAAUAUCCUGACUAUAAACUGUACAUACGGGCGUUCGGGGGGUACAGGGAGGAUCCUGAGUACUUCAACCAGUUCGCUUUACUGAAAUCAGCACUGGAACGGGAUAACAUUACUCCUUUUCCUUACAUGAGGUUAACUGCUGGUUGGACUCAUCAUGGAUUCGGGAGGCAACGCAUGGAAGCCAUUCUGGUGGACGACGCCUACAUGUGAUGGACAGUUUGGGUUCAAGUUUCACAUAUUAUUUAAGUUCAUUAAGAAACUCUAUUUUAACUAAAAAUAAUUCUGAUCUUACCAUGAUUGUGUCGGUUUGUGAGUUUUGAAUUCCGGCCUGAACUAAAUCAUUUUGCAGGCCAAGAAUGAGAUUCCUUGUUAUCUUGAUUGGCUCGGGCGGAUUGGUUCAAAUAACUUAUUGGACACUUAUUUAUUUUUUUCCUUUUGGAUACAUAAUUGUAUAAAUAA